UCGCUGCGGCAGGAGGUGGGGGCUGUGAGACGCGGAACCGGAGCUGCCUGCCCGGGACGGGCUGCGGGGCCUGACGCUGUGCGCUGCUCGGGCGCUGCAGGGAGUUUUGGCAGAGGUGCGAGCUGUUCUCUAACUUAGCUGUGGAGUAGGGACAGACACACACCAUGGCAGAAAAGGUGAACAAUUUUCCUCCACUCCCAAGAUUCAUCCCCUUGAAGCCAUGUUUCUACCAGGAUUUUGAUGAUGACAUUCCACCACAGCAUCGCAUCUUGGCCAAGCGCCUUUACUACCUCUGGAUGUUGAACAGCAUCACCUUGGCAGUGAAUCUGAUUGGCUGCCUCGCAUGGCUGAUUGGAGGCGGUGGAGCUGUUAAUUUUGGACUGGCAAUUCUCUGGCUCCUUCUCUUUACACCCUGCUCCUAUGUCUGCUGGUUUAGACCUAUUUACAAAGCCUUCAAGACAGACAGUUCUUUCAGCUUCAUGGCUUUCUUCUUCACAUUCAUGGCCCAGCUGGUGAUCAGCAUUAUCCAGGCGGUGGGGAUCCCUGGCUGGGGAGUCUGUGGCUGGAUUGCAGCAAUAUCCUUCUUUGGGACCAACGUAGGUGCAGCUGUGGUGAUGCUUAUCCCCACCAUCAUGUUUACAGUCGUGGCAGUCUUCUCCUUCAUUGCCCUCAGUAUGGUGCAUAAAUUUUACCGGGGCAGCGGGGGGAGUUUCAGCAAAGCGCAAGAAGAGUGGACCACGGGAGCUUGGAAGAACCCGCAUGUACAACAGGCAGCGCACAACGCAGCAGUCAGUGCUGCACAAGGGGCCACGAUGCAGCAUGAAACACAGUAUUCUGCCACCCCUAACUACACCUAUUCCAAUGAGAUGUGAGCAGAAGACUGUCCUGAGGUGGGGGGGAGGGAGGAAAGGGAGAAUACUGCUGAGCCAAGUCUGUGUAAGCAUUUCAACAAGGGAAGUGUAAGAUACUUGAUUUUUCCCUCUACUCUAGAACAGGGUAUUUUUUGUUCGUUUUUUUUUCUGAUUCUCUUUUCUCAUUUUGAAGAAGCUGUGAGUUGACCUGCGGGACACUUGUGCUGUGCAGUAGUAACUGUGUGCUUGUGUUCCCCCGUGAAGUAGUGUAUGGUGGUGAUUUUUAAAUUACUGUGGUGAUAGGUGUAUGUUUAUAACAUCAGCAAAAAAAAAAACCCCAACAAGCUCACUAAAAUGUCAAGAGCAAAACUGGAGAUCCCUGACAACUUGGGAGUUCCAGUGGCUAAUACUUCCAGUUGCUAAUGUGUGGUUAGUAGUGGCUGCCUCUAGCGAGGACUGGUACCAGUUUAUCCAAUCCCGGGAAUUCUCCUUUUUCUUGUAGCAGGUUACUAGCUGAUUUAGUACUUAAAUUCUCUGAAGCCAGUCCAUAUCCUCCCUCCUAGGUUCAGAGACAACAGGUUUUCCUAACACAUGGUGUUGUAAUUUAUUCUUCGAUGUAUUGUGAGGAAGACAGUAUUGGUGUGUAACCAUAGAUCAAGGGCCUCAAGGCAGUGUUGGGAAUUUGCCCUGUUGAAUUGUAGCAGACCUUCCCAUUAGUAUGAAACUUUGGUACAUUCCAGAAGCUCCGGACUGAGUUCCAUGCUCUGAGCCAUAUAUUUUUAAGGUGUUCAGGUGGGGAAAAGUGAUGGUAAAAUUGGUGUAGUGUUUUUCAACAGAUCUACUCUUCGGCACAGUAAGGGCCAAAUCUUGUUACUAGACACAUUGCUUCAGUGGUAUUGCUUAUGUAUAGGGUGACCAGAUGUCCCGAUUUUUAUAGGGACAGUCCCGAUUUUUGGGUCUUUUUUUUAUAUAGGCUCCUAUUACCCCCCUACCCUCUGUCCCUUUUAUUCACAUUUGCUGUCUGGUCACCCUACUUAUGUAAGUAAUAUGAACAGAAUUUGGCCCUACAAAUUAUCAUCUGCUGGUUUUAGGCUCCUUUGAAAACCAGAGCCUAAGGGAGUGAAGUGCCCAACUUCUCUUGAAAUUCAGUGGGAUCAGGCUUGCUUGCAGAUCACAAGCUUAAUGUCCAAGAAGUGUUUACUCCUGUUGGCCCUGAAAACCUCACACAGCUAGGGGAGAGCGAGUUGGAUUCAGACGUCAUGCACGUUGUCAGUGCAGUGGUCAAUUAAACUUGCCCUGCCGCAUUUUCUGAUACAAAAUGCAGAAGAAAACAACAACUUCAAUUUCAGAUCCUGGCUGGAAUUUACAGCUCUGGCAGUUAAAAGAAAAUGGAUAUUACUGGGAAGGAAUAGGGGUGAAAUAUGCUUAUUUUUAGAGAGAGACAUUUUAGACUUUGAAUGCACUUUAAGUAGGGAGGCCAAAUUUUCUCCAAACCAUAAUCAGAAAUUAGUUCAAAUUUAAUCUAAUCUGGUCCCUUUGAUCAAGUAUCUCCUUUCUUCCCUGAUCAAUACUCCCCAAAGUCUUAAACCUGUAGCAGGCAAAUGGUGGUCCUGUAAUUUAGUAACCCAACAUUCCACAGCUUAUUAAUUUUCUAGUUGCGCUGCUUUUCAGGCCAUCAAAACCCCUUCUCUUAGCUACCUAAUAAUGUCUGUAUAUGAAAUAUAUAUGCAAGAAUUAUGCCAUAUGAAUGAUUUUUUUCCAGCAAAGCCAACCAAAAAUAAAGAAGUUUCCUUUUUAAGGAUGCAACUUAAGUAAUUCUGCAGCAGCCAGUUGUCUUUUGACAAGGCUGUGAAACAAAGGUCUGAUAAAAAUGUAUAUAUCUUAUUGAGGAAAGGAAGCCUUCACUGAGCCUAUUAUAUACUUAAUCAGAUUUUAAAUAUUGUGCAAUUAAUUAUAGCUAGUCUAAAAUGUAUUCUACCAAACCUUGUGGUCUGUUAGUCCCCUGGUUGAGAAUGUACAAAUUAACAGUGAUUAGUUUCACCUUCUGUAUUUAUCAUAAGAAAGACAAGCUAUUAAAACAAGCAGUAACACAAACAUACAGCUUUAGCCAACUCUCCUGUCUAUUACAUCCCCAAAAUCUAUGAAUGUGGCUGAUCCUCAGUAAAAUGACACUGAAUGCAUCAGCAUGGCUGCCACCGAUGACAGAAGCUGUGCAGAAUACAGUACCUUGAUUUAAUUAUUAUUUGUACUUAACCUGUGACUGCUAACCGAGUGAUGCCAAGAGUUUAGAUACUGCUCUAAUUCUGGAGUAACACCAAUGAAAUCAAAGGAUUUACAGCCGAUUCUCACCAAUAUGAGAUGAUAAUCUGCUCUGGCCCAAUGAUGGUAUGUGCAUUGGUGGAGUCAGCAUUUCCAAUGGCAAAUCGGAUGCCAAUGUAGCUUUUUGGCUGGCAGGUAGGGUGAGUGAAGGUGUUGCUUCAAAACAGCAACAGCUCAUUGGCCAUAAAGUAUUCACACAGUUAAAUUCCACAUAAACCUGCAACCCCCAUUUUCUAUCUUUUUGUCUGGAGAUUCCUCACUCUGUCUUGAGUUUUAUGUUCUACGUGUGUCCAGCCAAUUCCGAAAGGCAGGGCCAUGAAGAUAUGAUUAUGUCACAGUGAUCAUCACUGGUACAGAACCGUGAAUUUUGCCAUUUAUAUAGACCUUGCUGCCUUGGAUUAACGGUUCAUUAGCUUUGAUCUAGACCUUUUUCAAAGAGCACUAUAUCAAAGCAAGCAGCAGGGUCCACAAAAUUGCUAUGACCAUAGUGUGAAAUGAUCUGUUUUUACUGUGAUUGUGCUGUGAAUUGCGCAUAAUUUUACUGUGACAAAAUCUUAAGCCAUAAUGAUGCAUCAUAGGUCCAACUUCCAUUCUGAGAGGCACAGGCAUUUUGUUAUCUUGCAAACAGUAGCAUUUAGAUUCCUUGACCACACAAUUGGGAGUGUUUCGUGCCUAUUAAAAAUACGGAUAUUGUUAAAGAAAUCACACAGUGUUCUUUCCGACUGUAUCUACUAAAUGGAAAAACAGAACAUUAGAAUCUGUUUGCAUUGUCCAUUUGUCUAUGCCUCAUGAGUGCGUUGUGUCCAACCUUAUUAUGCACUAAAUUAUGCAUGCUAAGAUUUUAUCUCUAGUAUAAAGCCUCUAGUACUUAAUAUAGGUCUUUCCAGAGACCUAUCAUUGCUCUAAAGACUGUAUUAUAUAGAAAAUAUUUCACUUUUUGCUCUCCAGUGCCUGUCCCUCAGCUAAUCUCCACCAUCUGCUCAUUGGCUACCUGGAGUAAUCCUCUCGCCUCUUGUGUAGAUCUAAUAAAAACUGGUUAAUCCUGCAUGGAUUAGACUGCAGUGUAGAUUGGUGCUUUGAAAGCUUACUGAUACCUGGUGCUCUGCUCUUAUCUUCUCACAGCUCUAUUUCUUUCCCCUUUCUCUUAUUUUCCCCCCUCUCAGCAGCAAACUUCUUGCUGGCCUCAAGGUUAAAUUAAAACACAACUAUACAUGGAAUCCUUAUUAGAGUAAAUAGAAUAAUUUUCUGAGAACUUGAAAACCUACUUCAGCAAACUACACAAGUUCUUUAAAUGGUGAGUUGUGCUCAUUAAUAUUUCUGGUUCUCUUCAUCCUCAUGACCUGGAAACAACUUUCAGAAGCCAACACAUUUAAGUGCACGGAUAUGCGCUGUGGCACUAUAAAAAAUAUUUCACUGAAUUGAGACACUCACAAGCUAACUUAUUAUAGCUAUUUCCUCACUUUGCUAAAAUGGAGCUUUAUUCCUAAUUCUGGCUGGAAAGAAUUUGCUAAACUAGUUUGGGUUUCAGCUGAUCAGAAUAAGGACCUGCAGCUGUAUUGAAGCAGGUAUUCUAAGAUUAACUACACUAAAGCACCAUGGUUAUGCCAUCCCCAUUUACGGAACUGACUCAGGCCCACCUUUGUAACACAAAAAUAAACUAAUAACCUCACAGCCUGGGAGUAAAGUGUCAGGCAUAGAAUGAGAAAAGGGACAUGGGGCUCCAUAGCAGCAUGAGAACAAAUCUCUUCAAAUCCUAAGAGAAGGGCCUUUGGGUUCUGGAUAAGAAUCUGGCUCAGUGUUCGAACUAGAGAUGGGCUGAGGAGGGUCAGUACUUGGAUCUGAGUCAGGUGAAAGUUGAAGGCUGAAAUCCAGCAAUCUCCUCUCAGGAGAAUUCCAUCAGUUUUUGGAUUACACCAAGCCAAACAAGAUCCUGGAGAAUAAAUGGUCCCUUUGCUCUUUGGAUUCAACCCAGAUCCAGAAUUAGAGAGGUGGGUGUAGAUCUGUGGAUUCAAAUCCAACCUAGCAUCUCCCAAAACUCCUGGAUGUGUGAUUCCAGCUCAGUCCUGACUCUAGUUGGAACAUUGCAUACCAACAUGUAACUUUUAAUUUGUUGGUGGAGGCAAAAUAUGGUUGUGAGCGUAGCCUACUCUGUGACAUAAUUAGUCCUAACGUGAAGUGUUCUGAGAUCUACUAAUGUGCUUUCUGAGAAGGAAAGAGAAGGUUCUGUGGGAAAUUUGCGCUGAAUCAUGGUGGGUUCUGCUUCGGUAGCAAACAGUAGAGAAUGCUCCGGCGUGACAGGUUCUAUGGAGCUCAGCUGGACAGUAGAGAAGGAAAGAACCUCAGUGAGCAGUGUGUGUUUCAGCAUAGUUCAGGGUAGUGAUGGUGCCAUAUUAUCCUUUCAAUGUAUCAACAGUCCAAGGAUUUUUUUAAAACAUAAAACAAAUGGAUGGAUGGUUUUAUUAAAUAUUUGGACCAUU